AUGGGCACUUCAAUAGAGACGAAACCCGAGAUAAAAUACCUAGGUGUGUUCAUUGAUCAAGGUACCACACUAAAGAAACACAUAGUGAACACGUGCAAAAAAGCGGAAGCGUCUGCUACAGCCCUAAUCAGAUUAAUGCCUAAACUUGACGGACCAACCUCAGCUAAACGAAGACUGCUGAGCACCGUGACCCACUCUAUCAUGUUAUAUGCUGCGCCUUCUUGGUCAGAAGAUAGUGUGGAACAUACGUUUUUCAUAUGUACAAGGUGGCAAGAGCAACGCAAUAAAGCCGAACAAUUGAUAGGAAACACACUGACAACACAAAACAUAGUGCAGCUGAUGCUAGAGUCCGAUAGAACUUGGAGCUGCGUUUCAGAACUGGCAUGA